UCCAACGGCAUGAUAUAGAGCUGUUGUAGGAUUGUCAUGUCAUUGAAUGGAUGAAUGAAUGGUGCCCUCUCCCGCCUUAGUUGGACCCAAUAUGAGCAGAACGGUUCCCGCCUUUGUAUUGGUCCUUUCCCGCCACUCUCCUCACCUUCCCUCCGCCAAAUUCCUGUGUCUCUCUGGGAAAACCGUUCUCAAUUCUGCUUGGAUUGAGUGAAUAUGUGUUGAUGCAAGUUGCUGUGUGAGUUGCAGAUUGUCGCAUUGUAACACUUGAGUUGUAGGCUUGGAGAUUAUUAUCCCUCCUUCAUCGCAGCACUCGUUUCGGGUUAUAGAGAUAAAUCUUCUUAGAACACCUUGAUUCGUAGUCUCCUUUGAGGAUCUACUGUGGGAGCCGGGGAUACCUAGGUUAAGGGUGAUGUUUGCAAUUUCUCGUUCAGAUUUCGGGUCUUUUUGGUUCUAAUCGACGUUUUGCGGGAACAGGGAGGAAGUGUGUUCUGGAAGGUUGUUUGCUGCUUAUUUGGAGUAGCUGAUUGUCUACCAGUGGUGGGCGAUUGCAGAGUUAGUAGGAGUAAAUUGGUUGAAAAGCCAUGUCUUCAUCUUCGCCCAAGGCCUACACUGCCCGACUAAGAGGAAGGCUGGACGCCUGGAGCGACGACGAUGAGGACAUGGUGCCCAAGCGAACUGAGAGACCUGUCAUGACUUCUACAGAUCUUGACUCAGAUAGCCGCGAACAAACCCCUCCUGAACCAAGUCCUCCCAGGAAAUUAUCCGUCGGUAGACGCGUCCCUAGAGCACCGUGUCUCGACAGUGAUGACGAGGAUGAGCCUUUUCUUCCUGUGAGGAUUGAAAAGGCCGAGAGAACCAUGAAAGUGGACACUCUGCCAUCCCCGAAAGCUAGGAUCUCCAGAGAAGCAGAGGCAAUUGACGUUUUCAGCCCACCAGGGGAAAUUAGACAAUCACGUGUGUCCCGCUCCUUCGACGGCCAGACUCAUGCUGGGUCAUCCAUGCAAGCCCCUGUCCAGCCCGGUUGCACGCAGUCCAACGACGGAAGGAGUCGCUUCUUAGCCUAUAACAUGCUGGGUAGUAUUACUAGAGUCGAUACAGAGGCCGGCUUUGCGCAUGUGGAGGUGGAUUUCCAUGACACAAGUUCGGGCAUGCGCGUGCCUUCCAUGACAGAUUAUUUUGGAUUCACCAUGGCCGCAAUGAACGAGAGAGGCAGCGUCUUCGCCAAUCCGCAGAGAGGAGAAAAUGUGCCGAGCACUAUGUUGUAUCGUCCGUUUAACAGCUGGACGAGCAAUAGUGAGUGGUCAAUGCGGUUCCCUUUGGAAGAGGAGGUCAAAGCUGUUGCGGUAGGCACUGGUUGGAUAGCAGCGGUGACCAGUCAAUAUUUUCUUCGGGUCUACUCGGAAGCUGGGUUGCAGAGAUUCGUCACAUCACUGGGAGGCCCAGUGGUUUCACUGGUUGGGAAUGGAGACCGAUUGGCCGUCGUUACCCAUGCUUCAAGCCCUCUACCCUCAAGAGAUCAGAUGUUGGAAUUCAUGUUGUUGAACGUGAGGACACAGAAACGGUUGCUCACAGGCAGGCUUCCUCUCAGUCCAGGGUCCACAUUGACUUGGAUAGGCUUCUCAGAAGCUGGAUCCCUGAGUUCCUAUGACUCACAGGGAGUGCUUCGUGUUUAUAGCAGCGAGUUCAACGGUUGCUGGAUACCAGUGUUCAGUGCUGCUGCAGAAAGGACGAAGGAAAAUGAGACCUACUGGGUGGUCGGACUGAACACCACACAGGUUUAUUGCAUUGUUUGCAAGGCACCUGAAUCUCAACCUCAGGUUAUGCCGAAGCCGGUGAUGAGCAUCAUCAACACAUCCGUUCCUGUGGUGCACUCCGACCUAGGAGCUGAUGAUUUAGAAAGUGACUUACUAAGAGGGACACUGCAUCUCACACAUACACGGUUGAGGGCUGAUGAAGCAGCCGCAGCUGGGCGUGACGACGACGAAGCGGAUGAAGCAGUGUUCGAGAUGGAGGCGGAGCUCGAUCGUUGUAUCUUACGUCUAAUUGCUUCCUGUUGUAAAGGAGAUAAGCUUGCAAGAGCUUUGGAGCUUUCCAGCCAAUUAUCACUACACAAAUCGAUGGAAGGAGCCCUCAAACUUGUAACUGCCAUGCGGUUACCGUCAUUGGCAGAGCGGAUAAAUCAGCUCCUUGAGGAAAAAAGUGCCAGAGAGAGAGCCGAAGACCUUGGAGCACAUACACGUCAGCCGCAGGCUCAAGUUACAUCUUCUGCUUACACUCCUACGUCUAGACAACUAGUCAAUACGUUGGCUGAGCCACCGCGACCUCAGCUGUCUGCACUGAAGACGGCAAUUAUUAAUAGCUCAGACAGGGAUAGCCAGGGUGCCGCCCCUACCACAUGUGCCACCGCAGAUACGUCAACAGCCGAGCCUAGAUCAGAAUUUCGAUCAAUACUGAAGAAAUCUCACAAGAGAGUAACUGCGGAUCCUGCCCAUGACUUGACCGAAGUAAGGCCCUCAGAUGGGUCUUUAAAAGCUGGCACUCCACCAAAAGUGUCAUUUGUGUCCCUAUCUAGCUUCAAGCCUAGUAAUCCGUUUGCCAAGGUGGUAGACAGUAAGCAAAAUACUGACGAUAAGAAUGAUUCCCUCUUGCAAUCACUGCGGAAGAUGCAGAGCACCCCAUCUGAGACUAAGAGGAAGAUAGGCGCCAGUUCCCUUCAAAGACCUGCCAAAGUGGGGAGGGUGGUUUGAGAUAAUAGAUAUAUAGAAAUACCGUAGGAACAGAAGUGUAGAAAAACGUUCGCCAGAUCCUUGCAUGAAAUCUGUACAGUUCAAAACAUGAUUGAAGAGUACGUACAUUUCGAAACUUCGUCAAUUCAAGUAACCGUUUCUUACAAA